CACCGAUCCUCCGGAGGCACAUCCAUCCGGAGCGCGGCGCAUCUGCUCCGGCGCACGAUGUUGCUGUGGCUGACGGCGGCGGGCAGCUUGCUGCUGCUCCUGGUCAGGGCGCUCUUCCCCUACUGGGCGGACGACUGCGCGCACAUCCUCAGGAGCCUCCUCCUCGCCGCCCGACUCCUCAAGUACAAGAGGAGCCAGCCGUUCCGCGGCGUGCUGGACGCCUUCCUGGCGGCGGCCAGGAGACACCCGGCCAAGACCUUCUUGCACUUCGAGGGCGAGCGCUUUUCCUACGGGGACGUGGACCUGCGCAGCAACCGGCUGGCCCGGGUGCUGAGGCAGGAGGCUCGCCUCCGGGAGGGGGACGCGGUGGCCCUCUUUCUGGGCAACGAGCCCAACCUCGUGUGCGCCUGGCUCGGCCUCGCCAAACUGGGCUGUCCGGUCGCCCUGCUUAACUUCCACAUCAGAGCCAAGUCUCUGCUGCACUGCUUCUCCUGCUGCGGGGCCAAAGUGCUGGUGACGUCGGCAGAGUUGCAGGAUGCGGUGGAGGAAGUUUUACCUGCGCUGAGAGAGCAGGGGGUCAGCGUCUACCUCCUGUCAGAGACGCGGAAGAUUCGGGGUGUCGGUUCCUUGGCCGACAAGAUCUCCGAGGCCUCGGACCGACCUUUGCCGAGAGACCUCCGAGCCAACGUGACCGUCCGGAGUACUGCCUUGUACAUCUACACGUCGGGAACCACCGGCUUGCCUAAAGCGGCGAUCGUCACCCACGAGAGGAUGUGGGCCGCGUCCUUCAUCCAGUCGGCGUGCGGCGUCGCGAGAGACGACGUCUUCUACAUCAAUCUGCCGCUCUACCACAGCUCAGGCUUCCUCAUCGGGUUGGGGGGCUCUAUCGAGAGAGGGAUAUCAGUCGUGUUGAAGAGGAAGUUCUCCGCCUCCCAGUUCUGGGACGACUGCAGGGAGCACAACGUGACCGUGAUGCAGUACAUCGGCGAGACCAUGCGUUACCUCUGCAACGCACCCAAGAAGGACAACGAGAAGGAGCAUAAAGUGCGACUCGCCCUGGGCAAUGGCCUUCGCAGAGACGUCUGGUCCGAGUUUCUGUGGCGCUUCGGUGACAUUAAAGUAAAAGAACUGUAUGCGGCUACGGAAGGAAACAUCGGAUUCAUUAACUACACUUCCAAGGUCGGCGCUGUGGGACGGCUCAAUUUUUUCCACAGGCUCUGGACACAGAAGUGCUCCGCAGUAGUUUCUUUCGGAGAAACACCAUUAAAUGUCGUGAUCCUCUCCCUGCAGUUAAUCUUCCCGCACUUGUUGAUCAAGUUUGACAUUGAGAAGGAGGAGCCUGUCCGAAACUCUCAGGGUCUUUGCAUUGAGGCGGCCAGAGGUGAAAUGGGCCUCCUGGUGGGAAAGGUGACUCAGAGGUCGCCUUUUGUGGGCUACGCGGGCAACGAGCAGCAGACGGAGAAGAAGAGGCUCCGUGAUGUGAUGAAAAAUGGCGACUUGUACUUCAACACGGGAGAUUUGCUUCGCUUCGACGACGACAACUUUGUCUACUUUCACGAUCGUGUUGGUGACACAUUCAGAUGGAAGGGCGAGAACGUGGCCACAUCGGAGGUUGCGGACGUCCUCACCAUGGCGCGUUGCAUUUUAGAGGCAAACGUCUACGGUGUGAAGGUGAAAGGGAACGAAGGGCGGGCGGGCAUGGCGGCGAUCACUUUGAAAGACGGAGAAGACUUCGACUGCGUCGACGCUUACAGGCAGGCGGUCAACUAUCUGCCGGCCUACGCGCGCCCGCGAUUCAUCAGGAUACAGCCGGCCUUGGAGAUGACGGGCACAUUCAAGUUGAAGAAAACCAAGCUGGUGGACCAAGGCUUCGACCCGGCACUUAUCAGCGAUCCGUUAUACUACCUUGACGCCGCCAGACAGACCUUUGCUCCCAUGACGGAGGAGGUGUACAGCGCCAUAACCUGUGGCACUAUUAUACUUUAAUACAGUCAUGUUGAGAUAUUUGUUUUUAGGCAAGUUCGCUGCUUCAAACAACUCCUCUCAGGGAUGGACUAGCAUUCCAUCACAAGACAAAUUCUUGUGUUUCUCGCCCUAACCGCCAGAGAAAGCGCAGUACACUACAUCGCCCUGCCGAUGAUAAUAUUGGAUCCCUCACGGAGGACGAAAUCAACUGUAGCAUUUCAAACAAGACACUGAAAUCUUUUAUCCAAUGCUCUUGUAUGAGAAUGAAGUGUGUGUUAAUUAACAUGCUUAAAUUUUGGAAGAGAUUACUCUCCAAUCUGGUGUCAUUUAUUGGGUUUUGUUGUUGUUGUUGUUGUAGCUAAUGUUAUGGACGACCAAGCUUUGCUUUAUCACGUGAUUUAUUAUAUCACAGGUCAAGAGAGAGAGAGAGAGAGAGAGAGAGAGAGAGAGAGAGAGGCAAGGAACAUUUGGUUAGACUUGUUUAGACCGGGGUGGGCAAAAUAUUUGUGCACAUAUAGCCCAGAUCAUUAGUAGAUGAGGUAGAAAGUAAAACAUUUUCCCAAUAAAAUAGUUCAUGCUAAUUUAAAAAUAUUUCGAAUUUAUUUAGCUCUGAUUAAUUAACCAAAAUAAAUGUAUGUCAAGUUAAUUUAAGGAGAACAAAUAAAUGUAUUUAAGUAACACAUUUUAUGAAAACAACCCCAGCAAAAUGCAACAACUGCAUUUGAUAAAGGAGUAAUAAAUAAAAAUGAAUAAAUACUUGACAUAAUUCAACACUCCCGAUAAUCUAAAUGCUUCCCGUCCCACGGAAAUGUUAUCUUGUGAUAUCAUGUGUCAAAUUGUAUUUUUACAUUCUUGUAAUUUUUAAGAAUUAUCAUCAAGGUACCUUUUCAUGUAAUUACAACUUUAUCCUCAUUACACAACCUUUCCCCCCCCCCAUAAAAUUAUGACUUAAUCCUUGUAUUAGUGUUACCACAUUAUUAAAAAAAAUACACCCCCCCAUAAAAUUCCGAUUUAAUCGUCAUAAUAUUCUGACUGUAUUGUUAAAAAUCAUUUACUCGUAAAAUUGACUUUAACCUCAUAAUAUUCUGACUGUAUUCUUGCAAAUGUACUUUUUUUUCUUGUAAAAUGACAGCAAUCCUAAAAACAUUCUGACCAUAUCCUUGUUUUUAUAAAGUGCUCUAAAAAUAGUUAAAAAUAUGCUUUCCCCCCCCCAUAAAAUUACAACUGAAUGUGCAUGAAAUUCUGACUACCUUCUUAACAAAAAAAAAGCGUUUUUCUCAUAAAGUUAUGAAUUAAUCCUUGUAAUAUUCUAGUGUUAAAAAUAAGUGAAGGUAAAUAACGUGUUUAAAUUGGUCAAAUCACAACACUAAAGCGUCUUAAUGGUCUAUAUUUCACUAAAAGGUUGAUUUUGUGAAAUAUUUUGCUCAAGAAAAGUCAUUUCCAAUAUUAUCAAUCCGUUUUGGGUUGGGAAACCCCCCUCCACGUUUUGGUGUGACGUCAGUGGCGACCAAAUUUGCUGCAUAUGCUGUGUUGAAAACGAUAUGUACUAAAUGUAUGGAUACUAUGAAUUGGCAGUAUUGAAUCAUUUUAUAUAUUGUUGCACUCUGGCAAAAUCCCCCCCCCACCGCCCAAAUGACAACUUUUUAGGAAAGAAAAAAAAACCUGAGUGGAAACACUGCAUUAAAAUGAUAAGCACACAGCUGCGCGACAUCGUCGUCACUCAAUCAUAUACCAUUGCACUCUCGCAUGAACACAAGAGCUGUAAGACCCGAAAAUGAUGUUCAAUCGCUAAUUUAAUAUGCUUUAAAAAAAAAAUUCAUCGCUACUUUAUUAUGAGCCACAGUACCCACGGUAAUAUAGGUGGAAAUGAAUCACUUACAUCCGGUGGCCGGCGUCUACAAGCAGAGGCAUUACAGCGAUCGAUUCAAACAAAACAAGCCUACACAAAUUUAUUUGGCCUCCCUAUUUUUACUUAUCUUUCACAACAACAACAAAAGAAAAAGAAAAACCCCAUCCAAUUACAACUCAGGCUUGCUUGUGAGCCAACCAAGUACUUUAAUUAGUACAUGGAAAUAAGAUCAGCUUGUGGCACUUACGUCACAGCUCAAGUCGGGUUUCGAACGAAAUGUGGAGGGGCCAAGAGCUGGAUAUUCAAAAAGAAAAAAAAAAAAAAAAAACACACAAAGUGGAUUCGUCACAUGUACAAAUGUGCAUUAAGACAACAAAAUAAGCACUUCAUAAGGUAAAUACAGACUGUGAAAUAAUAAGACACCUGAUCCCACAGAGUAGUUUACUUAAAAAAUCAAUUUAUUUAUUAAUACAGUGGUAUACUUUUUUUUUUUUUUUUUUUUUAUUUAUUUUUUAAAAAAAAGUGUUGCAGAGGGGGGGAAAGUUUUAAACAAGACAUCCAAAUAAAUAAAAAGAAUGCUCAACACAUGGAGGAAAAAAAAAAAAAACUAGUGUUGCAUUGAAGCAUUGAAGUGUUAUCAUAUCAAAAGAAAAUAGUACUGAUGUGCCAUAAUAAAUCGUCUAUUAGUACAAAAAUACAUUUCAGGGCACACAAUAAAGCAUCCAGUAUCACAAAUAAAGGAAGGGACCAGUCGUCAUAACAGACCCCCUCACCCCUUAACCCCAUUUGAGCGCA